UUCGACACACACCUGCAGGCCCAAUCCGCCACCUUCAACCCUGAACUUAUUGACUCGGCCAACUUUUUCUUUUUCGAGUCCCGCCUCUGCAUCAAGCAAUGUCGAUCACUACGGGUACAAAGCUCAAACACUACAACUUUGGUGUCGAGAUCGAAGCUGUUGUGAAGCCUUACGGCCCCGUGGAAAGCUUUACCAACGUCGACUGGUACCGACAACUCGCUCAGAAGUUACGGAACCGCGACAUUGCAGCAGUACACGAUGACUGCUCAAAGUACAGCAAGCACCCAGAGUACUACGGUGGCAAGUGGUUCGUCACUAGAGAUGGUUCUUUGAAGAGAGAGCGUCCCAUGGUCUGCAUGGAAGUCGUCUCUCCUCGUCUGGAUACCAAACAGCCUGUUAGCCAAAUCCUUGGUGACUUCUGGGAAGCCAUGCGAGUACACUUCAGUCCUCAGCGCGAUAUCUCCUGUGGUGGUCACGUCCACAUUACCCCUGUCUCCACUCACAACAAGUUUUCCUUACGCAGCCUGAAGAAGAUUGCCUUUGCAACGGUCCUCUACGAAGACUUCGUCGCGGCCAUGCUCCCAAGAGUCCGCCGUGAGAACCAAUACUGUCGCCCUAAUAGCCAGAGCACGGGUGCUGGACUGCGCGAUACGCUGCUAAUGUUCGGGAGGAACAAGAACUCCAUGAUGAAAGUAGCGGCUGCGAUCAAGGCUGCAACAUCAGAGAUGGACCUGUGCUACUACAUGCAGGGAAACAGAUACGUGCUCUGGAAUUUCCAGAACAUCUUCCCAAGUCCCAAGACCGGAAAAUGUACUGGUACGGUCGAGUUCCGAGGCGGUAACCAGUUCCUGAACACAACCGGAACCCUGGCUUGGGUGGCAUUUGUGAUGGGCUUCAUCACGCUGGCUAUAGAGGAGGAUCUCAUCAGCAAGUUUACCCUCUUCACAACGUCUGAGGAUCCCAAGUUUCAAGCACGUAUUGAAAGCUGGUGGAAGCGAAUUCGCUCAUCAGCCAAGGCAUCCAAGCUUAGCCGAUAUCUCCCUUCGGAGUAUACUUCAAUGCAUACCCGAUAAAAUCGGGUAGCGUUGAUUCUUCAUCUACAACAGACCCACCCCAGAAACAUCGGGGUCAAGGCAAAUAUUCUUUUGCUUUUGUUUUGGUUUCAUUCAAAGGUUUCUUCACAUUUAAGAUUGCAUUGCUGGAGUUGGUGGAGUUUGGGCAUAUGGCAGAGACACAAUUCAACGACAAACAGGAUAAAUAAAUACCUACUCGAUCAUCAAGUGAUAGAUUGAGCUGAUAGAAAUUUGCAUAUUCAUUGUUAAACUAUAUAAAUAGAUCUACAUUCAUAC